AUGGCCUGGGACCAGAGCGAUGAGCGCUGGGAAAAGGCUCUGAAACACGUCCGAGUAUCAUCUACUUGUCGUAAAGUUGAAGCCUUUGCCAGUCGAAAUUUUGGGAAACCAGCAACUCUAGUCACUCCGCUGAUCAUUCGUGGUUUCAACGUCGUCUAUCCUUUCAAAAUCGAAGGUCUGACAUCUCAAGUACUCGUCCGGUUACCUUGUCCCGACCAGGCGAUGUUCCCGGAAGAGAAGACGAUGGCAGAGGCCGCAACAGCAGCCUGUAUCAAACAACACACUCAACUCCCCAUCCCCAAGAUAUUACAUCAUGGUAUAGAUGAAGAAAUUGGGCCGUACAUGAUUAUCGAGGACCUUGGUACCAGGCAUGGGAUGAGUCAUGCUUUGAAGGCACCUCGCGACGACCCUAACGAUGCGCCCAUUCUUAAUCCAAAGAUCUCGGAAACACAGCUCAAGGAUCUGUAUUUAAAAAUGGCGGAAUGCGUCUUACAGCUUGCCCGGCCUACAUUCCUGCGUAUCGGUUCUCUGGUAGAGUUAAGUCCAGGUACAUAUGAAGUCCUGGGACGACCUAUCAGUCUCAACAUGCACAACAUUUUCCAGCUCUCCAACGUUCCCUCAUCAGUAUUUCCAGCUGAAGGUACCAUAUACGGCACUGCUGAUGAGUGGUAUACCGUGCUUGCCAAGAUGCAGAUGGCAACACUCGUUUUUCAACACAACGACAUCAUAUCAUCCGAGGAUGACUGCAGAACCAAAUACAUCGCACGGAAGCUGUUUCACAGACUUGCUACGCAAGGCCGUCUUUCAAAAUUCGGAUUCUGUGAUGAUGACUGGUCCGCUGCUUCUCAGCACUCCAGUGCAACACUGCCAGCACCGGACAACUCGGCCUCAUUCAGUCUCUGGUCAGAUGACUUUAGACCAGUGAAUGUACUCGUCAAUGAUGAUAAUGACGUUGUCGGCGCGAUAGAUUGGGAGUUCGCCUACGUUGGCCCAUCCCAAUUCACACUGGAUCCACCAUGGUGGUUGCUACUAGAGGUGCCCGAGAUGAGGGAUGACGGCAUUGAAGACCGGGCGAGUACCUAUGAACAAAGACUUGAGACCUGGCUGUACGCUAUGGAAGAAGCUGAGGAAGAGAACAGCUCAAACUUGCCGCUUUCAGCGUAUAUGCGGGAGAGUUGGGCUACUGGCCGAUUUUGGCUGAAUUAUGCUGCUCGAAAGAGCUGGUCCUUUGAUGCUAUCUAUUGGAAAUAUCUAGACGAAAGAUUCUUUGGCAAGAGAGAACAAGAUACUCCUGUAGAGGAACUCUGGAAGGCCAGAGUAGAGCUGUUGACUGACGCUGAGCGAGAAGCGAUGGAGGUACUCGUGAAGACAAAAGUGGAAGAAUGA